AUGGCGUCCGGAUUCCGCCGCCUCGUCGCUGAUCAUGCCUCCCUCCACAACUCCGAGCUUCCACCCAAUUAUUUCUUCCCCCCUGCGGGCUCUCACUCGUCCAUUCCGGACGAUUUGAGACAGCUCACGAUUCUUCUGACUGGACCGCAAGAGACGCCCUACGCCCAAGGCCUAUGGCGCCUGCACCUUCGCAUGCCGGAGGACUAUCCGAAGAACCCCCCAAAGGCAACGUUCAAGACGCGCAUAUGGCAUCCCAAUGUGGACGAAUCGACCGGCGUGGUGUGCGUAGAUACUCUAAAGAGAGAUUGGGAGGCUUCAUUGACGUUGAGAGACGUUCUCAUCAUAAUAUCGUGUCUUCUCAUACAUCCCAAUCCAGACUCAGCUUUGAAUUCUGCGGCCGGCGCCUUGCUGCAAGAUGAUUACGAGACAUUUGCACGGCAAGCGAAAUUAUUGACCUCCAUACACGCCCCAAUUCCCGCAGAACUAAGAGAUGUCGCAUUUCAAGCUAAAAGACGGGGAGAAGAUCCCAGUCUCUCCAUAAAGACAAAUAAAGAAUUUACACUGCCCCUACAACCAAAGCGGGAUGCAACUCGGCCUUCCGCUGUUGUGAUGAAGAAAAAGAAGACGAUGACGUCAAGCCGGCGAGAGGUGGAUUCAAAGUUCGACAUCGACGUUACUUCCGAGAUCUGGCAAGAAAGCCCGCCGAUUUACCACCAAGAAACCGAGUCAGAUGAUGAAGCCGAAGACCCUGCUAGCGCAUCAAAAGAAAACGACCCUUCCCUGUCUCCGUCACCUGUUACUCUCCCACCUCCGCCCAGCCCGCGCAGAAGCGUGCUCGGCAAGCGACCGCUGGCAGCGCUCGAUACCCCUCAGCCAGCAGAAGUCCUCAUAAUUGAUGAUCCUGAGGAUGACGAUGGCAAUGGUGCUGAUAACCGUUUCCGCCAUGGUCUAAGUGCCUCCGAGAGAAACGUUGUGGCGAACAGUCACGCGCCCAAGACCUCAAGCGAUCAGUAUCUCUUCCCGUCCCAGCGAAAAUCACCCAAGCUCUCGAGCGCAGGCAGGAGACCAUCUGCGUCCAGUGCCCGGACACAUACACUGCCCCACCAUAAGCCACACCCCGUGCCCGAUCAUAGCGCCUCAUGCACGACAAGACCAUCACCACCACUACCAGCCCAAAUCCCGUUCGCUUCUUCUUCCCUGCACAUCUCUAAACCAUCAUGCCAAGACCUGAAAGAAAACAUGGUUGCCUGCUCACCUGCAGCGGAACCCGCCUCCUCCACCGCCCCAAGCAUACGCAAUCCCCACCACCUUUGCGGGUCUGAGCCCUUGGGACCUUCUGCCGGCCGCUCGUCGCCCGGCUCUUUGUGCCCGCCAAGUUUACCCAGGAACCCUACUCAAACACCCUCAACUAUGCGGAAAAGUUCGAAUUCUAGUAAUAGUAGUAGUGCCCGGGCGAAGCCUCGCAUAGGGCUUCGCCGCUUAUAG